AUGAUUAUAAGUUAAGGUCAUAAUACCCCAUAAUGUAAAUCUAUUUGUUUAGUUUAUCUAGAUUAUUUCUCAAGAUUAUAGGUAACAAUCAAUGAGCAUAUUAAUUCUGACGUUGAUGUGAAGAAGUUGUAUGAUUCGAUAGACAGGAAAGUGCCAUUUCGAAAUUUGUAAAAUGGCUUUUACAGGGGAGAAACUGAUGGAGCCUAACCAAAGGGCAAGGGGGAAUGGAUAUCUAAGGAUGGAUACUCAUACAAAGUAGGGUUCUGGCAAAAUAAUUGCUUGCAAGGAAAAGGCUUAACAUUAUACUGUGUUUAUGAUACGCAAUAGAUAACUCAUUACGAGUGUUAUUAUGGCAAUUUCAAUAAAGGCAAGCCAUAGGGUUAUGGGAAAUUGAAGGCUACGAAUAACAAGUCAUACGAAGGAUAAUGGGAAAAUGGUUAGAUGAAUGGCUAGGGGUCCAUAUAUAUAGAAAAUUCUUAUUACAUAAAAGGUUAAUUUAAAAACAAUCAGUUAUCUGGGUAAGGGGAAAUAGAAUCAAAGGAUUAAAAUUAUUACUGGAAAAUGGUAGGCACCUUUAUUGAACCUAAUAGAUUCAAGGGGGAUAUCACAUACAAAACAGGAAAAUACAUUGGAUCGGCUAUUUAUGAAGAAAAUUAAUGGCAGAUGCAUGAAUAAGGGAGCUUCAUUUGGGAUGAUGAAUCAUAUUACAAAGGAGGAUUUAGCUACAACCAAAGAGAAGGAUAUGCUAUAAGCAAAUUUGGAAACGAAGAUUAGUAAGAAUUAGUCUGGAAAAAUGACUAGAAAUAUGGGAAAGUCGAACAUACUUGA